CCUCCACUUCCGGUGGGCGUUGGUGGCGGCCCGAGGGAGGCCUGGGGGUCCGGGCCUAAGAUGGCGGAGCGGCCGGCGGCUACGCCUUCUCCAUUCCCUGUGGAACCUCAAAAACCCCGCCUAAAAAAAGCCCAAGAAUUACCUAUCUUGGAGAGGCAGAAUUGGCUGAUUCACUUGCAUUAUAUCCGGAAAGACUAUGAAGCAUGCAAGGCUGUCAUCAAAGAGCAGCUUCAGGAGACCCAAGGAUUGUGUGAAUAUGCUAUCUAUGUUCAAGCCCUGAUAUUUCGACUGGAAGGGAAGAUUCAGGAAUCCUUAGAACUCUUCCAGUCCUGUGCGAUUCUGAGUCCUCAGAGUGCAGAUAACCUCAAGCAAGUGGCUAGGUCCUUAUUUCUGUUGGGGAAGCACAAAGCUGCCAUUGAAGUAUAUAAUGAAGCAGCCAAACUGAACCAGAAAGAUUGGGAGAUCUGCCACAACCUCGGGGUGUGCUACAUGUACUUGAAGCAUUUCAACAAGGCACAAGACCAUCUGCACAGUGCCCUCCAGCUCAACAAGCACGAUCUCACUUACAUAAUGCUAGGGAAAAUUCACCUGAUGGAAGGGGAAAUGGAGAAGGCUAUAGACAUCUAUAAGAAGGCUGUGGAGUUCUCACCAGAAAAUACAGAACUUCUAACAACCUUGGGGCUACUCUAUUUACAGCUUGGAGCUUACCAGAAGGCAUUUGAACAUCUGGGAAAUGCACUGACUUACGACCCUACCAACUACAAGGCCAUCCUGGCAGCAGGCAGCAUGAUGCAGACCCACGGAGACUUUGACGUCGCCCUCACUAAGUACAGGGUAGUAGCUAACACUGUGCCUGAAAGUCCGCCCCUCUGGAACAACAUCGGAAUGUGCUUCUUCGGCAAGAAGAAAUUCGUGGCGGCGAUCAGUUGCCUGAAGCGAGCUAACUACUUGGCUCCCUUCGACUGGAAGAUUCUGUACAACCUGGGGCUUGUCCAUCUGACAAUGCAGCAGUAUGCGUCUGCCUUCCACUUCCUUAGUGCAGCUGUCAACCUCCAGCCCAAGAUGGGAGAGCUCUACAUGCUCCUGGCAGUUGCUCUGACGAACCUCGAAGAUGCCGAGAACGCCAGGAGAUCCUACGAGCAGGCCGUAACCUUGGACCGGUCUAAUCCUCUCGUUAAUCUGAAUUACGCUGUCCAUUUGUACAACCAGGGUGAUGAGGAGGGAGCGGUCCGCCAGUUCCAGGAGAUGGAGGAGAAAGUCAACGUGUUAAAGGAGAGCAGCAGUCUUGAUUUCGACCCGGAGAUGGUGGAGAUGGCCCAGAAAUUGGGAGCUGCCCUGCAAGUCGGGGAGACGUCAUUGUGGACAAAACCAGUGAAGGACCCCAAAUCCCGGCACCGGCCCACCACGGCCAGCAAGCCAUCGGCCAGUCAGCAGCCCUUAGGCUCCAAUCAAGCCCUAGGUCGGGCCAUGUCUUCAGCGGCUGCAUAUGGAAAGACAGUGCAGCUUUCCACAGGUGCUGGUGGGACAUCUCAGUUUCCAAAGCCUCCUUCCCUCCCUCUAGAGCCCGAGCCUGCAGCAGAAGUGGGUUCGGAUGAAGUCCUGGCUUCCGCCGAGUCACGAGAGCAGCGAAAGGAGAAAUGCGAGAGCAGGCUGGCCGCAGAGUAAAGGGCCGCAUCGUGAAAGGAAUGAGGGGGUCAGAAAGGUAACUUGACACGGGAGCUUUUUAACUCAGCCAAGGCUGAUCUGUUAAUGUGGUGCCCGGGGUUGUCCGGUCACAGUUUCUGCUGGGAAGACCAGCGCUUCACGCCCUGCUUCAACUCACUCAUCCCCUACCCUAACAAAGUAGCCACUUGUAGGAAAGGGGGCCUGGCUGGGGUAAAGCUAUGCUGACCCUCCACUGAGGGUUGUAUUUCCUUGGGCCUGGUUCUGGAGGUGAGCACUAAAUCCCAAUGUCAGAUCCGAACCUAAACUCCUAGCCAAAGGGGCCCCGUGAGAAUGGAAAUAGUAGCCCCAUCUCAAUUCAUUCUUGGGGAGAGAAAACUAGCCCCUUUCCAACUAGCUAGGCAAGUGUCAGGCUGGGCCGAAACAUAAAAACGGGUUGGCGGAGGGCCUGAAAACUUUAGUUUUUAGGUUUCUGAUCACACUGUAUUGAUCUAGCUCCAUUUUAAUGGAAAACCAGCAACACUUUGACCUACUCUAUGGGUCAGUAAAGGGGAAAAAAAUCUAAUUGAAAGCCCAGUUUAUAACGGCUUCUAGGGUUUAGACAACUGCUGAAAACAGCUCUUCCUUAAUGAGAAGAAAGGCAACAUAGCCCCAGAAGUUUGGUUAAAGUCAAUCCAUGGUUACUUACCCCAAUCUAUAGGUACCUGGAGAUUUUUGUGUAUCUUUUUCCAGAAUAAAGAUUAUAUACUGUAA